AUGGGUAGACUCUUCUUGGUGCGCUUGGACGGCAAGAUUUAUAGUUGCAAGCACUGCGAGACUCACCUCGCUCUUUGCGAGGAUAUCAUCUCGAAGGUUCGGCAUUAGGCACAGUAGUGUACUCAUUUUUCUCUCACUCCCUCGUGUAAGCCCGUUCAUCCUCGAACCUCUUGUAGGUCCUAUACCUCUUACAUUUACUUUCACUCUGUUCUUCCUUGUUUCAAGUUCCGUUUUUUAUCUCAUCUUAUAAUAGUUGGGAUGAGGAAAAUUAAUAUGUUCCACCCCAUGGUAGAGUAGCACUCGGAAUUUGAUUUUGUGUCCGCUACUUAUGCUUUCAUCUGGUACAUGCAGUUAUGGAUCUGUUCGAUGUUACAACAAUCUUUGUAAAUGACUCUCAGGAUGAUCCCUAGUUUUACUUCGACAUGUGGAGAAUUGUCCGGGCAUUGUCUCUAGUGUGGCUUUGGGUAUAACAGAAAUGAGGCUGAAGGCAUCAAUUAUAUUCUGCUAUUGCAUAGAACAGUCAAUGCAAAACGCACGGUCUCCUAACCUUUUCAUUUUUUUAUACAAAUGCAAUCGUGUCUUUCUUUUGAGCUCAGAUUUUAGCGAGCUAUACUUGAUAUCUUUGAGAAAUAUCAUCUUGAACUGGGACAUGAAGCUUAAACCCAGUUGCUCAGUUUCUGUGAAUCAUCUGUAAGGAACGCGUCAUUCUCUUAGACAUGGUUGAGUUGCCAAACGCCUAAUGCGGGGCUCUCCUGCAGGGAUGCUCACAUGACUUCAUCUCUUUUGACUUAACAUGUAGUUCUUUUCUAACUGUGGUAGGUGCUUCACACUUUCUAUCACUUAUUUGCUCUUUCAUGGCAGUGCUUACAUAUACAUCACUCGCUCCCUAAUCUUCUUUACCAAAUGUAAAAUGCAUUGUCUCUUUCUUACUUACUUCCCAAAAAUUACUUGUCUCUCCCAAAGUGUCUUUUGCGUAAUCUUGUAAUGCAUUAAUGCCUCAUGCAUUGUAACAAAUGAAUCAACUGCCUUAUGUGGCCAGAAUAAAAUCAUUAACGGAGUGAAAUCUGCGUAUGUAGGAAAAAGGUUAUGGCGGAUGUUGUUUCCCCUCUUGAAUGGUUUCAUUUUCCUUGAUUUUUUUUUCACGAAAAAAUAUUAUUUUUUUACUUUUUGGCACCGCAGCAGUGGGAUACACAUCUUUGGCCUUAAUGCCAGCCCCUUUAUCUUUCAGAAUGGGUGAUCGGCAUUGGCAACAAAUAUGGUAGUAUUUGUGGCCAGGAGAUGACAACCUUUUUUUCUCUACUUUGUGAGCAGAGUUUCUUCUUAGUCCUUGAAUGUUUGAUGCCACAUUUACUUUUAGCUUAAAUUUUAAAUCUGGCUGUACCAUAUGAAUGUCUUCAAUGUUUCAUAUGUUGCAAUUGCUGUUUAGGUAAUAGCUAGGUAAGAGGUUUCUAAUUCUUUCAAUAGCUGAAACGAAUGACUAUCUCAUUGUCCACCGGUUUCUUUUGAUGUCAUUUCCCCUUGUAGUUGUCUUAUAUUAGCCCAUCAUCGUGGUGGGUUUCACUUUCUUAGCUACCCGCAGAACAAUAAUGUUUUGUAGCAACUAUCCGGUAUCAGAUCCUCUAAGGAAAAAGAUCUUCAAAUACACUAUCGGCAGAUAAAAUCUCUUAAUACGUGGCAGAGUCCUAUCUGAAACUACAGUAAACACAGUCAUCCUUUAAUCAAAGAAGGCCUGAUCUCUGAGUGGGAGCAGCACACGCCACAUCUUAUGAAUUUUGAAAAAUAUGAGCGUUGGGAUAGAUAAUGUCUCGUUCUCCUCUUGUGCUGCCAGGUGACGCCUUUGUUUGUUACACUCUCUCUAGAAAUCACUCGUUUUCCAAUUCAUAAUUUUCAGGUGCUGUGGCAUGUUACUUGCAGCUGUCUGUCAUGAGCUGUUCGGAUAUUUGUGUAUUUUUGAAAGUAUCCUGCAUUAUACUGAAUAUAUAUUGAGUUCAUAAAUUCGUAAAGUAAGGUUGGUGCUCAAUAUCUUAAAAGUUAAAUUAAUUUGAAGACGUAAGUUGUUGAAAUUAAGUUGGAUGUUGGAUACAGCAUGAUCCCAUUGGUGUACAAUAAAAUUAUUUUCUUAUAUAAUUUCCAAAUAUCGGAGUUCAAAUAGCUUUGUAAUGUGGUAUGGUGUAGACAUUAUAACUGUCUUCUCUGUUUUCUAUUUCUCUGUGCAGUCUUUUAAUUGCAGGCAUGGAAAGGCUUAUCUCUUCAAUAAGGUGUAAGAUUCCCCACGCUUUUUGUAUUCUUGAUUGUUACAGAACUAGGCUCAAAUUUUAAACCUUGGUCUAGUAGUUUUUUGAAAGAGUUUCAUCUUGCUGAAAGAUGUAUCUAGUGCUCAUAUUCUUCCCCCGGGGUGCUCAAUUAGUUCCAUUAUUUAUAGCCACGUAAAAGUUAUCCUUCCUUUGUGAUAAAAAUUGAUUUACUAUCAGCAAGCUUGUCUUUCCGCAACAUUUCUUUGAUUUAUAUUAUGUUUCUUUCUGUGGAAUAAUGCAUGGGAAAUACAGAGUUUUUUCACAGGUUCUAUAUGUGUAAGCGUGUUUCCCAGUGUCAUUAAAUUUCCAUACUUCAUAUAAUAGUCGCCUAUGUUAAAUUUUCAGAAGAAUAAAUCAAGAAGUAUCCAAUAUCACAUACCUGUGGCUCUCUGCACAAGUUCUGUAUAUACAAAUUUUGCAAAAAUCUUAGACGACAGGUUUUUCCCCUUUUUGUAAUUGAAUUGGUCCCCCAAAACCGUUAAAACAUAAACUAUUUAUUAGUUGAAACCUUUUGUUAUCACCAUGAAAGAAACAGAUUUAUUUUUCACCAUGAAAAUAGUUGGCGAGCCUAUUGAGAUCACCAAUCUUCCAUCUUGUAAUGAAAAAACGUAGCUUUAGUUCUGUCUUUUGUAUAUCCUCUUACCAUUUCAUAGUUUCCUAUUCAUCAUAAUUGAAACACCCCAUCAUAUCAAUAUGGGUUUGAUUUAGGUAUACCUUUUGUCUUGCAACCGCUCUGGCACAGACUGUUUAUUUGCUUCCAACGACUCACAUGUUAUCUUGUUGAAAGUUGAGGGAGCAAUACCUUUUCACAGUAGAUUGUUUUGUACGGUAUCUAUGGGGUAUUUCAAGAUGGUAAAAUGCUGAGGAAAAACAACAUACAAUAGAAAAAAUCAAAGCUACUACAAGCUCCAGAUUCGUAUUAUUUGAUUCUAAAUUGUAAAAAAAAAGUCAAAGGGGAAAAUAAAGGAAUUCUGAACAACAUGCAAAAAAAAAUAAAAGCACGCCCACAUCGAAUCCCAAAUAAAUAUGGCACAUAGUUGGGGUAUCAUAAUUGACAAUACGGUAUGGGAAUUACUUACAAUAAUAUUCUGUCUUAUGUACGUGCUUCAUCAAAAAAUUAUGAAGUUCCAUUGUAAGAUGAAUUGUUGAUAAAGAGGGAACUACAUGUAGUGCUGUUUUUUGGGUUGCUAGCCAUGAGACCAACUUGUAUGGCACACAAGAUUUUUACGUCAAAAAAUUCCCCUGAAGAGCUGGAUCCACUGUGUCCUUAACACAUUUUCUUCGUCAGAAUUCUGUAUGUCGAUUCGUAUCAUCCCCAUGUCGUCUUAGGCAUUUCUCACAUUUUAAGUCCUUUUGCCUUUGAAGUAAUCUUCUCGUAUAGCCUCUAGCCUUUCUUGAUUUGGUCCAAUUCGUCACCUAGCCUAUAGAGAAGCUAUGCCACUUUAUGCAGUUCUGAAUUGAUGGUGCUCCAGUAUGCCUCAGCAGAUGUUGGCCCUUUUUUAAUUAAAUUGUGCUUUUUUUUGUUGUUUGUUCAAGUUCUCUUGCUGUUAGACGGUAUUGGAACUGAAAUUGUAGGUUGAAGUCAGCUUAUCUUGCUGUGUCAAUAAAUGGCUAUAAGUUUCUUAAAAUCUCUGCCGAGAAUAGAGAAGCAAAGACUGGUGUUCCUUCUCACUUUCUUCUCUUGCUGCCAUUUGUUUUCUCCCUUUCAUUUUUUCUCUUUCCCUUUUUCUAGUAUCAUUAUUUAAUGUUCCAUGAGAAACUGUCUCGAAAUGAUUAGAAAUUCAAUUCAUCUUCACAUGUACGCAUAACCAACCGUAUGGUUGUUAAUUAUGUUAUCCAAAGUCUAGCACGUUCAUCAAUAUCUACUGGUAUUAGAACCAUUUAUACCACCGAUAAAAUCAGAUGCCACAGAAUCUUUUUCGUCAGUAUUCCAGAGAAUAAACUGUUCAUCAAUAAUCUUUUUCGUCAGCAUUCCAAAGUCUUAGAUACGUGCAUGUGUUGGCUGUGUUUGAUGAUUCUGUUUACCGUGAAAUUUGUACCUUAGUCAUGUUGAAAAGUAUAAUGUCUGUAAUUUUGGGUGAACUAUUUUGCCACUGUCAAACAUGUCUAGAAGGACUCCCCCCCCCUAAAUGGCAAUGCUAGUAAUUACCAGAGGAUUGAGAAGUGUACCCUCUUGGGUGUAUUUCCAUUUCAAUAUGUUUGACGACAUUCAACUUUCAAUGUCGGGCAGUGUGAAUGUGUGGAUCGGCCUGAAGGAGGAACGGUUGAUGAUGACGGGGAUGCACACUGUUUCCGACUUAUUUUGUGCGGGCUGUGGCUCCCUUUUGGGUUGGAAAUAUGUAUGCACUUUUGACCACAGUUUUGUUUAUUGAGCCAACCCCUCUUGUGAGUGUUUGACGUUUGCACUAUUUUUCAGGAGGUUGCUCAUGAGAAGAGCCAGAAGUACAAGGAGGGGAAAUUCAUCAUUGAGAGGUGCCCAGAGCUUUCCUCCCUAAUUCACCUUUUCUUUCAUACGGAAGUAGACGUGCAAAACUUCUACCCUGCUGUUGUGUGGCGUGUUCCUGUCAUCAGGGGCGCUCAUCUAUGGAAUAGACCAGUAAGCCGGGGACUUGGUGUGGUCAACCCUGGUUACCCCCGUGUUUGACACCGGGGCACAAGCCAGGAUUGUCCACAUCCUCCAAGGACGCAGGAUCUCUAAAAAAGGGGUUUUAUUUCGUUUGUCUGGCUGUUGUUAACAGUUUAACAAGCAGCGGUUGUGACGAUUUCCUCCUUUAUGGUCUUGGAAGCAGGUUUAAAAUGUUAAUCCCGGACGGCACAGGCUACUGGGUGAACCAGGACUCUCGGAUUGGUGGAAGUGACGCAGAGGAUGCGUGA